CACGGAUAACGGACUUUUACCAACACGUCCCGGGCGCGGAAACGAGGACAGAGAGUCGAGCUUUAUUUGAUUUAUUUUUCCAAGAAUCACUCAGUGAAUAACCUUUUAGUUAAACGUCGUCGGGGGAAAUGGCAGAGAAGCGGAGGUCGCCGUGCGUCUUGAGCGUCAAGGCGCACGCUUUCUCGGUGGAAGCCUUGAUCGGAGCGGAGAAGCGGCGCAAAACCAGCGAGGAGGACGCUGCUUCUCCGGAGUUCGAGGAUGCCCCUGAGGCAGCCGAUCUGACGGGGAGUCCCCGGCCGAGAGCUGAGAGAGUGUUCGGCAGCGACCCGGUGGACUCUGCCAGUAACGGAUCCACAGCGGAGAGCGACGACGCGCUGCUGGAGAGUCCGCAGGCCGGCGCUGAGUGCGCGGCCUCGGUCACCGGGAGCGCAGAGGACACGCGGGUGGACCUCCAAGGAUCAGACCUGUGGAAGCGGUUCCACGAAAUCGGGACAGAAAUGAUCAUCACCAAGGCUGGAAGGCGGAUGUUCCCCGCGAUGCGUGUCAAGAUCUCAGGCCUGGACCCACAUCAACAGUACUACAUCGCCAUGGACAUAAUUCCAGUGGACAACAAGAGAUAUAGGUACGUGUACCACAGCUCUAAGUGGAUGGUGGCGGGGAACGCAGACUCUCCAGUCCCUCCUAGAGUUUACAUCCACCCGGACUCUCCUGCCUCGGGGGAGACGUGGAUGCGGCAGGUGGUCAGUUUUGACAAACUCAAGCUGACCAAUAAUGAACUGGACGACCAGGGACACAUUAUCCUUCACUCAAUGCAUAAGUACCAGCCUCGGGUCCACGUGAUCCGCAAGGAGUGUGGAGAGGAGCUAUCGCCCGUCAGAGCCAUUCCUGCGGGAGAAGGCACCCGCACCUUCGCCUUCCCCGAAACUGUAUUCACAACUGUUACUGCCUACCAGAACCAACAGAUAACAAGGCUGAAAAUCGACCGAAACCCGUUCGCCAAAGGCUUCAGAGACUCCGGCAGAAACCGGAUGGGUCUGGAAGCUUUGGUGGAGUCUUACGCUUUUUGGCGUCCAUCUUUGCGGACGCUUACGUUUGAGGACAUCCCUGGCAUGACAAAACAAGGAGUCCAGGGAGCUCAUGGAGCAUCACACCUGCUGUCCACCUCCCCAUGCUCCUCACCGUUCCAGGUGUGCCCUCUGAGUCCGUCUGACUACACCUGCAGCCGACCAACGCACCCCCUCCAUCGGUAUGGCAGCCCGACAGACGCGUUCCCUCCACAAAGAGGUUCCUCCGCAUACGACGGCGAAGGAUUCUGCUCCCUGCCUCUGCCAGCGUCUCAACUCAGCUACCUUUCAAACCCCACCGCGCAAGGCUACGCUGGCCUUCGCCUCCACACACCACCUUACAGCUUGUACGGUUACACAUUCCCUUCCUCCCCUCGCCUCGCAGCCAGCCCAGAUAAAAUGGCCGCCGCUGGCACUCACCAGAGUCCCUUCCUUGGCUCGUCUCCUAGUGGGACGCUAACGGACAGUCUGGGUCUGAUCAGCGGAGGACAGCAGGGCUUCUUGUUUGACUCUCGGACUUUAGGACUGGCAGGUAGCCAGGCCGGAGGAGGGACCUCGCAGAUCACAGCUCACAUGAGCUGAAUUUGACCCUGGACAGAGCUGUCACGACGUGGAAGACAGAACGUUCUGUGAAUAAAUCAUUCAAGUGCUGAACACAAAUUCAGACCCUGGACAUGCAAGAAUGGGGAACUUUGGAAGGACUAUCCGAACCAGACAUGUAUCGCCACAUCAAAGACCAGUGGAUAAACAUGAACUGUGAAAUCCAGGGACAAGACUUGGGACACUUGGAUGGCAAAGCACUUCUUAACUUUUCACCUCAACUUAAACCCAAAAAUAAGAGUUGGUCAAUGACCGUCCGUUGCAGAGGCCUUCACACUUAAAUGAAGCCAACUUUCAUUACAUUUCUUGUGUACUUUACCGUUGUUUUGUUGCUGAUUUUUCCCAUAUCGAACAUGUACUUGGCUUUGUCACUUUGUAACUAAGUUAACAGACGUUAUUCAAUAUCAGACUGUUGCAUAUUCAGAUCGGCCAACACACAGGGUGUGACUUACAGGCCAGCAGAGGUGAUGAGUGACGGACUGAUCCAUAUGUUUGACAGGAGUAUGAUGGACGCAGCUGCUGAUGUCAUCUCCUUAUGUGCCAGCUACAUAUCUGCACAUGAUGACUCUGUAUAUAGAGGGGGAAAGAGAUGUGUAUAUAAAGGGCUUUUGUGACCCUUCGCACUUAAAACCCCAAUGCACCUGCUUCUGCUCUUUAGACCAGGUCAGGAGCUCAAGGGCCAACCUUGAACUUGGACGGAACGCUUUGCAAAUUAUUGUAGCACAGCCGAUGGUCAAGGACGUUGUGUUUUUGUGCAAAUAAAAU